CGUCCCCGUCCCCGUCCUCGUCACGUCACUGAGUCAGUCAUCACAGAAAGUGCGGCGUUUUGAAAGGGUUGGCUCAGUGUUGGUGUGAAUUUUUCUUAAAUGACGUUUCAAAGACUAUCCAAGUUAGCCCUUGAUGAAGACUUGAAGACUAGACUCUCGAGGUCACCUUUAAAGACAGUUAAAAUCGACUUACGAACUGGGUCCAAGAAAGUAGCCCGAUCGAAAUUUGGGGACCGUCUACUGUAUUCUAGUAUUAUCCAACCUAUCCUAGGAUAUAAGUACAUUUUGAUGUGUUGUCAUUGUCUCCCCUGGAAGUGAUGAACCUGCUACAUAUGAGUGCUGCUGAGUGCAAACUCUUCAUGGAUCACUUAUAUAAUGUCUGUGUUCCCAAGCAUUUGACUGCCUUUGAUCUUAGCCAGGAUGAGGACAAAAACAGUUUCAGGCUGGGAAAUACAGUACUGGAUACCUUGCUGCAUGGUGGACUUCAAUCAGGCACUCUUACAGAAUUUGCUGGAUCUGCUGGAGCUGGUAAGACACAGUGGUGUCUGUACCUGGCCGUCCUGGCUGUCACACCCAAAAAACACCGGUCCCGUAAUAUUACAGCCAUAUAUAUUGACACAGAAUCAGCCUUUAGACCUGAAAGAAUAGUUGAGAUUAUUUCCAGCAAGUAUCCAGAGUUGACAUCAAACAUCUCAAAAUAUCUCUCCAUGAUCAAUCUUUAUCAGCCAAAAACAAUCAGCAGCCUCAAUGAUAUAUUAGAGUCUCUUGAGGUUAUUGCUGUAGAGAAGGAUGUUGGUGUAGUGAUAGUAGAUUCUGUGGCCUCCUUGGCACGUAAGGAGAUCAUGUGUGACUCUUCACAAUCCAUCAUAGCCAGGACAAACCAACUAGCAUCAUGGGCUGCCAAGUUGAAAUGUAUAGCUCAACAGCUCAACAUCUGUGUUGUGGUCACUAACCAGGUCACAACAAGGUUGGUGAAAGAGGCUCCUCAGGUUACUGAGGAGAUGCAAGGUGUUGAUGGGGAAGAAGAUGAACUAAAUACAGGGUCAAGAGAGAGAACAUUCUCAUACCAUGUGAUUCCAGCUUUGGGUAAUACCUGGACACACUGUGUAACUACUCGCCUCAUCUUGCAGUUCACAAAUUCUGAAGUUAGACAGCUUACAAUUGCAAAAUCACCAGUUGCACCAUUUGCAACUUUCCACUACACCAUUGACAAAGAGGGCAUAUUUAUUCAAGACUGUGAGAGAUUCUAUUCUUAUUCGGGAUCAGAUCCAGGUCUUCAUCAAAUAAAAGUUCAGAAAGGUUUUAUUGUUUAGCUCAGUCACAGUUUUGAAGUACUGUAUAUCUCCAAAACUGUAUGUAACCCAGAUAUUACAUAAUGAAGCUGCCUCAAGUAUUACUUAUCACAUUUAUUACGUCUCGCUUCCAGUAAUAAUUCACAAAAUACCUGUCAGACAUGUUUUAGUUGUACAGUAUUAUUUGACUUUGAAUCAAACAAAAUAUUUAUGUGUACAGUUGAUAAAUGAAUGAAUUAAAAUGUGUUUUUUA